UGAAUCCAAUCCGGACUCUGCUGACACGAAUGUUUGGGCUUGUGAAACAUCAUGUGGGCACCGAUCAGUUGGGGAACAAGUAUUAUUACGUGCCCCAGCAGAAGACAUGGACGGUGUCAUAGGAUCUUGAACACCCAUCAAGAGGGCAGAUGGGGAUCAGUUUGGUGUUUCAUUCAAAAUACAUCACUGGACAGUAUUUAGGAGGACAGACUGUUCGCUCAAGAAGAAUAAUAGAAGCAGUCAUUCCAAAGGAAAUUGACUAUGAAGUAGGAAACAUUCCCUUUGAAUGGGAAGCUUGGAUACGAGGAAGCAGAAAAGACCCACCCACUACAGAGGAAAUUUUGCAGAAUGAAGAAUAUCGACAAAUGAUUAAAUUGCGGGCCUGUGAACUUCAGCAAGAUGAAGAGAUAAGGAAAGAGAAAGAAUAUGAAGAAGGCCUUGUGACUCGACCAGUUCAAACUCAAAUUAAAGGGCAUGCCUCUGCAAAUUACUUUGAAAAGGAUAAACAAUCUUCAGAACCUAGUAGUACUGCAAAUACUUUCCAACCUGGAAGUUGGUUACCGCCAGAAAACUCCAGCAAGAAAAAAUAGAUUUUAUUGGCCUUAAAAUUAAAGAACAUUUUAUCAUCGCUUUUUGAAUUGUAAAUAAAAAUCAGAAUGCAUGUAGUGAUUAUUUUAUUUGGGAAGUAUACUCUCUAUUUUUUAAUCUA